GUGCGCGCCGUGGUGCCGUUCACAUCUCCUGGCGCAGGAGUGCUGGUGCUUCCCUCUGGAGUGUCUGGUGAGCAGCGAGGACGAGUAACACUCCAGUGUUGCUCUUGAGCACCAUGACACGUGUGGUGUAGGCUUAGUGCAACACCAAUAUUUCACCAUUGGAAUAAGUGUCGUUAAACUUGUGUUGCAGCAGCAGCAGGAGGUUGUUAAGGAUUGCCAGAGUAAACGAGAGAGAAACGAUACGACCAAGUGUUGCAACAUUAACCCUCACGGUGAAUAUCUGGCACCAUUGUGCGCAAGUGGUAGUUCAAGGAGUAACUGACGCGGGUGUGUGUGCGUGCGUGCGUGCGUGCCAGGGGGAAGAUGAUGAGCAGAGGCGUGGGCGUGAUGGCGGUGGUGGGCGUGGUGUGGGCGGCGGCGCUGGUACACACUAUACACGCCCAGGAAGGUCCCAUCCACUACGUCAGGGCUGACGAACUCAGAGAUCACAGCGGGAAGUGCUACGACGCGGACCAUUGUUCACUCCGGGCCAAGGGGGAGAGCUGGACUGUGGACGACACCUGCCAGCAGGCCACUUGCGUCCUCGCCUCCAACGGCACCCUCCUAGAGAAGCGCACCAGAUGCUCUGAGCCGCCACCUCUCUACUCUGAGAACUGUUACAUCGUGAGAGUUGAAGGUCGACCUUAUCCCGAGUGCUGUCCGCAGCUGUACUGCAACGGCAAACUAGUGUCCUUCUCACUAGCCUGAGGAGAUAAUUUGCUCAUUCAAGGAGUUUACUAUUAAUUUUAUACAAGAGACAAGAUCGUG